AUACUCUUGCAGAGCUUAUAGGCUCUGUGUUGCGAGCGGGACUAUCUUUCGCGGAGGGCGACGCACUCGCCUGCGCGGAGGAACACGUUAUGAUGCUCUUCUCCUGUGAGAGGUCUCUGUCAUUGUAAAUGCAGCAAGCUGUGAUCAUGGUCAACAUCUCCGAACGAACUGAAGAUAAACUUUAAAUCCCCUUCACAUAACGGAUCGUGCUUUUAACGCCUUUCCCUGCGUUUCUCAAACGUGAACCACUGAUGUUUUCCUGCUUUGUCCCGCGAGAUCGAAAGCAGGACAGAGGGGUGAACUGAAGAAAUGGUGUACCCGGCUAUCAUAUGGAUUUGAAGGAGAGUACCAUAUUUUUGCAGAAGGACAGAUGACUAUUGCAUUAAACGCAUCGGAACGGUGCUGGAUCGCGUUUUUACCCUUAUUUCUUUGUGAACUGACCUGCCAUUAUAUAAGCGGCACCGCUUGUCUAUAUGUAAAAUAGAUGUAGAACAUUUCUAGAUAUUAUUUAUUGCGAUUUAUCUGCUGCGUUGUAAUUGUAAAUACUGCUGGAUUUUCUCUGGCUGUCAUUUUGGCCAGCUCGCGAUGGGAAACUCAAUGACCCACCGCGCCGUUAUCGAGUUAACGAGGCACUAUUACAGUAAGGGAGAGAGGGCGUUUGCAGCCGCGCUCUUUCCUUUCAGACUGAACUGACAUCAUGUAGCUUGGGAACGAUAUAUGUUUGAGUUUGAUUACUAGCUAUUUCAUCCAGCUAUUUUGCGAAAUGUCUUGUUAACUGGGUCAGAGAGCGACAGCGGAACUAGUUAGGUGCAUCCUGCGCAUCUAGCUAGUAAACUUCAUACUUAGCCAUUCCUUUGUUUUGAUUCUGACUUCGUCUUGGUUUUAGGCCAGGCAGCUGUUAGAAAACUCUCAAGUGUACUAAAUCGCCUGGUAAUUUGGCGAUGACAGGGUUCUCGGACAGACCCAGACAGUCUGGAUUAACGAGAGUUUGAAGAACUUGUCCCUGACAGCCUCUCCAUCACAAGCUGUUGUGUAUCACCGGACACCUGCCAAAAAACAAAAAUUAAAAAUGGAGACGGUGGGAGACUUUGAAUACAGCCGAAAAGACCUCGUCGGACACGGAGCCUUUGCGGUCGUCUUCAAGGGAAGACAUAAAAAGAAGACUGAUUGGGAGGUCGCCAUCAAGAGUAUUAACAAAAAGAAUCUCUCCAAAUCUCAGAUUCUGCUUGGCAAAGAAAUCAAAAUUUUAAAGGAACUCCAACAUGAGAACAUUGUGGCGCUCUAUGAUGUCCAGGCUCAGAUAGAGGGAGGGUUUGCCUCCUCUGGAAUAGUGUGGGCUUUUUCUCUGUUUUUUCCCCUCUUCAAGUACUGCAAUGGAGGAGACCUGGCAGACUAUUUGCAAGCCAAGGGCACUUUGCGAGAGGAGACACUGAGGGUCUUUCUACAGCAGAUUGCAGCAGCCAUGCGCAUUCUCAACAGCAAGGGGAUCAUUCACAGAGACCUCAAACCUCAGAACAUCCUGCUGUCCUACACGGGCCGCAAGAAGUCCAGCAUCAACGGCAUACGCAUCAAGAUUGCUGACUUUGGUUUUGCAAGAUAUCUCCAGAGCAACAUGAUGGCGGCCACAUUAUGUGGAUCCCCAAUGUACAUGGCUCCAGAGGUGAUCAUGUCCCAGAACUAUGAUGCCAAAGCUGACCUGUGGAGCAUUGGGACUGUCAUUUAUCAGUGCCUCGUGGGAAAGCCGCCUUUCCAGGCUAACAGUCCACAGGACUUGAGGAUGUUCUAUGAGAAGAACAAGACUUUGGUGCCAAACAUCCCGCAAGAGACGUCUCCUCAACUGGAAGAUCUGCUGCUGGGGCUGCUCCAGAGGAACCAGAAGGAUCGGAUGGAUUUAAAAAAUCUAAACAUCACUGGCAUCCCGCAAGAGACGUCUCCUCAACUGGAAGAUCUGCUGCUGGGGCUGCUCCAGAGGAACCAGAAGGAUCGGAUGGAUUUUGACACUUUUUUCAGUCAUCCUUUCUUGGAACCGACAUCAACUAUUAAAAAAUCAUGCCCUGUGCCAGUGCCUACGUGCUCUGGCUUGGUCACAGACAGCACAUGUGGCAGCUCUCCUUCCUGUCGUUACGUCUCUCCGCCGUCCCUGCCAGACAUGCAGACUCUCCCCGAGGACGUGUUGUCCUCUCCACCUCUCGGCGCUCCCAACUACCUGCAGCUGUCCAAGGAGUCGGGCGGCAGCACCAGCAGCAAGAACUCUUCCUGUGACACUGACGACUUUGUGCUGGUGCCCCAUAUCUCUGGAGAACAGUCCUAUGACCUUCCAAUGGGGGCAGUGGGCCGCAGAGCGUCCAGUGAAUUCCUUCUCUGUGGAGGGCCACCGCAGCCAUCCUCUGGACAGACCCCAAUGGUAUCACCACGAAGCGAGACCACGCCGAUACCUGUACCUACACAGGUGCGAAACUACCACCGUAUCAAACAGAACCUGUCCAGCAGCCCAACCACAACACUUUAUGGCUCUCCCAGGCCUGGCACAGUGCGGCGCUCCAACACAAGCCCCAUGGGCUUCCCUAAAAUGGUGCCUGGGUCACCUAGCCCUGCAGAUACAGUUCAAAUGGUGGGGCGACGUCUCUCUACAGGCAGUUCCCGGCCCUACUCCCCUUCUCCACUGGUGGGCACUAUUCCUGAGCAGCUUGGCCACUGCUGCUGCGGACAUCCCCAGAGCCACGAGGCACGCAGUCGCAGCUCCUCAGGCGGUUCCCCUGUGCCAUCCUCUCAAUUACUGGGCACUCGUCUUCAGAGUGCGCCCACACUGACUGACAUUUACCAGAACAAACAGAAACUACACAAGCAGCUGUCUGACCCGGUUCACCCCACCGCCUCAGCCUACCCCAACAGCCACUCCCCUCAGCUUGGUCGCCCCGGCAACCUAGGCACCUCCCCAACCAAGCACCUUGGCUCCUCCCCUCGCACCUCUGACUGGUUAACAAAGUCACCGUUGCCCACCAUCAUCGGCUCACCCACUAAGGCAACUGCUCCAUUCAAAAUCCCUAAAACCCAAGCCUCAUGCAACCUUAUGGCCCUGGCCUCUCAACAGGGUAUGGCUGACAGCCCCGCCCCAGUCAAGACGCUGAUGGAUGGGCGUGACCUCUGUGCACAUCACUGCUCUGCGUAUCCCAGCAGCCGACAGUCUGCACCAGAAGCCAGCAAGUCUUCUUUUGGCAGGUCUGUAAGUGCUGGCAGACUGUCUGAGCAGCCGGUACGGAUCACUUUGGGAGGACAGCCGUACCAGGGCAGCACAGACAGCCUCAACACAGAGAGACCCAUGGACACAGCCCCGGCAGGGACUUGCGGUUUGGCAGCAGGUGGGGCAAGUCCCCGCACCGUUGUGUUCACGGUGGGCUCGCCCCCCAACAGCAGCACUCCACCCACCUGCAGCCAUCUCGCCUCCCGCCCGCGCACCACCUCAGUAGGCUCCAACAGCUCGGCCGGCUCGCUGUGCUCCACCAGUGGCAAGGUGUACAUGGGCUCUCCCCCGGGCAUGAUCAUUGGCAGCUCCCCACCAGGAGCGGAAGCGGCUCCCAGCAGUCUUCGCUAUGUCCCUUACGGCACCUCCCCGCCCAGCUUGGAUGGAUUCAUCACAUUUGAAGCUCCAGAACUGCCAGAGGAGACACUGAUGGAGCGUGAACACACAGACACCCUGAUGCACCUACGGAUGAUGCUGUCCUUUACGGACUGUGUGCUGGAGAUCGCUUCUCUAUGGGCCGGAGGACCUGAUCUGGGUGCGUCUGCCACCUCUCUCUAUCCGCCCCAGGACAGCGUGGUGGUGGAUCAGAUCAGUCAGCUCAGUAAGGAGUGGGGGCAGGUGGAGCAGCUGGUGCUGUACAUGAAAGCUGCACAGCUGCUGGCAUCCUCACUGCACCUGGCCAAAGCUCAGAUCAAAUCUGCCAAACUCAAUCCAUCCUCGGCCGUCAAACAAGUGGUGAAGAGUCUGAACGAGCGCUACAAGAGCUGCAUUUCCCUGUGCCGCUGCCUCACUGACAAACUCAACCACUUCUUCUCCGACAAGCAGCGAUUUGUGGAUGAGAUCAACAGUGUAACAGCUGAGAAGCUCAUUUAUAACCAUGCUGUAGAGAUGGUGCAGUCGGCUGCACUAGACGAGAUGUUUCAGCAGACAGAGGACAUUGCAUAUCGCUACAACAAAGCCUCUAUGCUGCUGGAAGGCCUGUCCAAGAUCCUCCAGGACCCAGCUGAUAUAGAAAACGUCACCAAAUAUAAAGCAAGCGUGGACCGGAGGAUCUCAGCUUUGUGUUACUGCACCGUUACCCUGUACGAAUAAAGAGAGUCAUCUUGGCCGGUGCUCUCACUCCAGGGACCAUCAUCUUCUCAAACCACAGAGAAGAGAAAUCCCUCGUUUUUGUUUUGUAGCAAAGCACUUACAGUUCCUUUUGAUUCCUUUCAAUCACAAGCAACAGACCAAGUAUUACAUUUUUUUUGCAGAUGACAUUUUGAGAAGGAUGUGCACAAGUUCACUACCAAAGAUGAAAACUAAACAGAGACUUUAUAGUAUGAAAAAGAUGUUGGACAUGCAUUUGGAUCCAUCUUCUGUUUUUACAAGUCUUUUCCCUUUUUUUAUAUAUGAACUGAAGGGAUUUUGGACUGGGAAUACUUGGAGGCCCAGCAAAUGAACAUCAAUGCAAAUCAGUUCAUCUUAUUGUUUUAUACCGCAUUCUAUUGCUGAUUAUUUAUUGGUUUUAGAAAGAUAUGCUAGUGUUAUUAAUGAUGGUUUUGAAAGAUGACAUGGGGCAGAUGUGAAGUCCAAAGUUGGACUCAGUUUCUGGUACCACACACAUAAACAGUCACAUGGUUAAACGUAGGAGGAAUCUGUAGUAUUUACAAAAUCAGCUUUUAAACAAAUGCACUUUAUUGAGGCAGAUAUGGAAGACGCUUGUCUUAGAACAUCCGGCAGAAGGUGGAGAUCAUGAUUCUUCAUCCUUCUCCAAGAUCAGCGUGAGACUCUGGUGUCUUCCCAUCUCCAUAUGUGAAAUCAUUUGAGAAUGAGUGUCUGGAAGGCCCGUGAGCUUCAGGUUGGACGUUGGCGUCACAUAAGAGCCUCGUGGUGAUUCAUCCAUAAUGCUCAGAAUACUUGAGUAGUUGCUUACCUUUUGAUUCAGCCGUACUGAAACGUUUUUAUGUUCAUAUUAAUACUGUAGCUUUUUUAACCGACGUGCGUGAGCUGUAAAUACUUGUACAUUCUGCAUGCGUGUUUUUAUUUUGGAGUGAAUGUGAGCGAGCACAGAGUGAUUGAAGAAGGUGGAUGCUGCCGCCACCAUCAACCGCCUCUCAACUUAAGAGCACAAGAUUUCCUUGUUUUUAGGGUUUUUUGUUUAUUUGUAGAGGCAACAGACACUGACAACUUCCACUGAUUCUUCAAGGCCUCACAGAAAGCUCAAGACCUCACUUUGCAUGGCAGCUCUUGAUUAACGCCCAUGAAUAUCUUGCGUACGGUGAAACAUUGACGGUGCAGGAUGUGGAUGUUGCAGGUAAACGGGAUAGAAGCACUGCCAGGCUCUUCUUUUCCCUGUUCAUCCACUGUGUUCAUGACAGUGUUUAUGUAACUGCACUUCCCAGGUGCUGCAGUGGCCAGUUUCUGGAUACUGAAGAACUGAAAGCAUGAGUAGUCUACUUUCACUUUUAUAUGUUUUGAACAUCUCGCUCCCUCUUUCCUGCACUCUGACACUGUUUUUAUUUUUAAAAUGGCCCCUCAUGAACCUACAAAGCCUUUACUAUACAGAAAGAGAAGGCUGAUCUGCCGCAAAACCAUGCAUAUCUGUAGUUGUAGGACUUCCUUAUCCAGGUCUGAGGAGAACUGUGUACAGAUGAACUAUUAGAGAAGACUAGUACUGAGCACAUGUACCUGUGGAACAUUAGAAUGUAUUUGCCCCUCGUUUAGCACCUUUCCUUUCUGAAUAAAUGCUUACAACCAGCCUAUCACAGCCCGACACGACCACGGCCGAUGCUGCCUGAAGGCCCUGCUCCCUUGAUUUUCAGUGACAAAUGUUGAUGUUUUAAAUGUUUUAAUCAAUAUGUAUUUUACCAAGGGCAUCUGUGUUGUCUGAAACUGUAGAAAUGCAGUUUUUGUUUAUUAAACAGAUCAAUUUUAUCCUGUUAUUUGAGUCUCAGAUUGUGUUUCACAAACGUGUCGCAUACUUAUACUGCUGUAUUUGAAACAAAAGCAGUAUUAAAGUGCAACAAAGGUGAGAUACAACUAAACAGGCACAAAUAUAACAGAACAAAGCAAUAAGUAGCAGAUACCUAAACUAAACCAAACUACUAAAGUACCAGAUUUGGUUUUGCUGCAUUAGGCUUAAUUUGUUUACAUAGAAGCAGUCAAUAAUCUGGAAUUGGCCAUCUUUGAAAUGCUUCUCGGGCAGCUAUUUCAGUCAUGCAACUACAGCUCCUAUCUCUUUGAAUGGGGAAACAUUAAAUUCUCUAAAAGGGUUCACCAAGUUUAAGAUUAAAUUUCAUAUUUGAUAUCACCAAUGAAAUCUUGACAAGAACUGCUUCAUAAAUGUUGUUUCUUAUGCUCAAAUUGUGUUAAUAAAAGUUUUCUUUAGCCUAGACCAGCCAAUGCGCAUGUGCAGUACCAGAGCCAUAGUUGAUCUUAAAGGUGAAUUACUAAGCCACUAAAUGCAUUUACUUCAGAUCCUGACCCUACAAUUGUGUUGUAAUCGAAAUAAUUGUAAAUGUAACAACUACAAAUGGAAAGUCAAGGUGUGCAAAUUAAGUAAAAUUUCCAGUUCCCAAGCUAAA